UACCUCAGUUGAACGGGAGGGUGUGUCGUUGACAAGCAGGAGAGAAACGGCCACUAAGAAUAGCGGGGUUGUGUAAAGGCCAAGCGAAACGACAGAAAUGUCUCCAUGUCAGUCUAAUGGCAGGGAAGUUCCCCAGAUGGAUCUUUAGGCUAGGAUUACCAUAUCAGGUACCUAACGAUCCCUUCCACCACAGGACCACAUUUCACUUAAACAGAUCCUACUAGACUGAUCUAUUGAUUCAUGUAUUGACUGAAGUGGAUUUAUUACUGAAGUGAUACAUGUAAGUCAUGGAUAUUCUGCCUUAGACAGGGUAGGGUAGGUUACUUUCUAAAUGUAAUCUGUUAGUUACUAGUUAACUGUCAAAUUGUGCUCAGUAACAUCACUGUUUGGAUUAGCCAAACUCUGUAAUGUAAUCUGAUUGUUAUAUAGAGGCAUUAGAAGACAAGCAUGUAAACUCAGCAAGAAAAGUAAACGUCCUCUCACUGUCAACUGUGUUUUUUUUUCAGCAAACUUAACAUGUGUAAAUAUUUGUAUGAACAUAACAAGAUUCAACAACUGAGACAUAAACUGAACAAGUUCCACAGACAUAAUGUGUCCCUGAACAAAGGGCGGGGGGGGGUCAAAAUCAAAGGUAACAGUCAGUAUCUGGUGUGGCCACCAGCUGCAUUAAGUACUGCAGUGCAUCUCCUCCUCAUGGACUGCACCAGAUUUGCCAGUUCUUGCUGUGAGAUGUUACCCCACUCUUCCACCAAGGCACCUGCAAGUUCCCGGACAAUUCUGGGAGGAAUGGCCCUAGCCCUCACCCUCCAAUACAACAGGUCCCAGACGUGCUCAAUGGGAUUGAGAUCCGGGCUCUUUGCUGGCCAUGGCAGAACACUGACAUUCCUUGCAGGAAAUCACACACAGAACGAGCAGUAUGGCUGGUGGCAUUGUCAUGCUGGAGGGUCAUGUCAGGAUGAGCCUGCAGGAAGGGUACCACAUGAGGGAGGAAGAUGUCUUCCCUGUAACGCACAGCGUUGAGAUUACCUGUAAUGACAACAAGCUCAGUCCGAUGACGCUGUGACACACCGCCCCAGACCAUGACGGACCCUCCACCUCCAAAUCGAUCCCGCUCCAGAGUACAGGCCUCGGUGUAACGCUCAUUCCUUCGACGAUAAACACGAAUCCGACCAUCACCCCUGGUGAGACAAAAUCGUGACUCGUCAGUGAAGAGCACUUUUUGCCAGUCCUGUCUGGUCCAGUGACGGUGGGUUUGUGCCCAUAGGCGACGUUGUUGCCGGUGAUGUGUGGUGAGGACCUGCCUUACAACAAGCCUACAAGCCCUCAGUCCAGCCUCUCUCAGCCUAUUGCGGACAGUCUGAGCACUGAUGGAGGGAUUGUGCGUUCCUGGUGUAACUCGGGCAGUUGUUCUUGCCAUAAUGUACCUGUCUUGCAGGUGUGAUGUUCGGAUGUACCGAUCCUGUGCAGAUAUUACACGUGGUCUGCCACUGUGAGGACGAUCAGCUGUCCGUCCUGUCUUCCUGUAGCGCUGUCUUAGGCAUCUCACGGUAUGGACAUUGCAAUGUAUUGCCCUGACCACAUCUGCAGUCCUCAUGCCUCCUUGCAGCAUGCCUAAGGCACGUUCACACAGAUGAGCAGGGACUCUGGAAAUCUUUCUUUUGGUGUUUUUCAGAGUCAGUAGAAAGGCCUCUUUAGUGUCCUAAGUUUUCAUAACUGGGACCUUAAUUGCCUACCGUCUCUAAGCUGUUAGUGUCUCAACGACCGUUCCACAGGUGCAUGUUCAUUAAUUGUUUAUGGUUCAUUGAACAAGCAUGGGGAAACGGUGUUUAAACCCUUUACAAUGAAGAUAUGUGAAGUUAAUUUGUAAAAAUCCAAAUAUCUUUGAAAGACAGGAUUCUAAAAAAGGGGCGUUUUCUUUUUUUGCUGAGUUUAUAUUACCAAUGGAACGACCAUCUAUUGCAGGAUAAAUCCAUGUUAGCGUUUACAUAGCUGGCUGUAAAUGGAUGUUGUAUUUUACUUAAUGAGUUUUAUGUAGGCUUCUUCAAACCCAUUGCUUUCUACUACAGCUAAUAAUACAAUUAGGUUAGAUCUUAAAUUAUAAACUGAACUCUGUGAGAUUGGCAGUCAUUCCAAUUAAUUUAAUACCCCUUGAGCUUCCAUUUAUAGGAUUUGUAAAUAUAUAUUAGCCAAGUUGUUUUACCUGAGCAUAACUCAAAAACGAAGCACUUAUUAGCCUACUCUGUUGAUGAUUUUGUUGUCAUGGAGAACUGAUUGGGCUCAUUGCUUCGAGUCGAAAAAAGAAAUGCUUUGAACAUCUGUUACUCUCCGGCCAUAGACUAGUUACUUCUUCACAGAGGGCUUUGAAUACCCUUUAUUCUCUGGAUGUCACAGAGAAACACCAAAUCCAUGUAUUUUAACAUUACCUCAUAGUUCAUAUAGGGAUACACUAAUACAUGUGUAGCCUAUUUGAAACACCUCUCGGAGCUUUGCACGCUUUCUCAAUUUAUUUUAAGCAUAGUCGGCAUCAUUACCCCCUUUUUUUGCUUGCUAUAAAGUCAACAAAGUGGCUUUGUCAGCGACUGAAGAAGGUUUGGUUUUAUUCUUCAGUUGCGUUCCUGCGGCAACAGCAGGGUUCUGUUUUUAUCACAUCUGUUUAAUAAUAACCAUGUGAGGAGUAUUUAGACAGGAGUGCUGGAGCUCGUCCCCCGCUCCCAGACCCAGGACAAGGUGGACCCAGGAGGGGUGUGAGCCUCAGUUAAAGCAUGCUGCUGUGGAUGAACUUUGACCCCCUAAAAACAAGCCGUCCAACUCCUCCUAUCUUGGAUCACGUUUCUUAUUUUCUCUUUUCUCUUCUUUCCUCGCUCGCUCGCAGUUUAAAUGCCUCUGCUUCAAUACAUGCCCUGACAUGCUGAGAAACGGGAGGGGAGGAGCGGAGAAAAAAAGAGGACAAGAAAAACCGGAGAGCAGCUGAGAGGGUGGGAGGGUGGAGAGAGAGAGAGAAUGGGCGUGUGAACGAGGAGGGAAUUCCAUAUGAGCCAACUGUACAGAGAGACUCCAGAAGAGAAAAGCGAGGAAGCAGGACUGUCAGCAGCAGACACAGAAGAUUUAGGUAGCAUGUUAUGUUAGGAAGGGUUGGGGAGAUAAAACAAGGAGAUUUUUUAUCUGUGGUUAAGUAAGCCCUUGUGGUAAUCUCUCACUCUGUCUCUCUCUCUCUUUUUUUCCCUCUCUCUCUGACGGAGGACAGGAGUGGUGUGUGAGCGAGCGUGUCAGUACUGGAGUUCUGUAGCGGCAGAUACAUUCUAUUCAUGGUCCAUUUCCUUGUUUGUUUGUUUUUUUCUAACCUGAGGACCAGGUUGAGACGGCAGAGAGACACACCGAUUGACUGGAGGAACCUGUGGAGAGAUGAAAGGAUCUCUCGCCACACACCAGAGUAUCCAGAGGACUGAUCCAAGUUGCCUACAGACAACUGGGGAGGAUUAAGAGACUCUGAAAUGGUAUCUGGAGGAGUCCCCAGAUCAUAACGUCUGACGCAGAACCUCCAGGACAGUACCCUGUCACCUUGUCACUGCCAGAGCUACCAAAGGUGUUGUCUAGUACGUUCAAAUUGAAAGAGAAACUAAAAGAGACGCUGGGGAGUAUGGGACGUUGGACCCGUGUUGGAGUGACUCCUGGUUGGUUCCCAGGGGCCCGAUGAGUGGCAGCAGCCAAUACACCAGCCUGCUACGGGGCCGCCGCUUCUACUGCCGGGAAUGGGCCCUGGAAAAGCUCCAGCGCUGUCUGGAGGCCAAGCCCGCUCCCGGCCGGCCCCCGGGGAUCCUGGUAACGGGGGGUCCCGGGGCAGGAAAGACAGCUCUAUGCACGGAGGCAGUAUGGCCCACCUCGGACACAGGGCUACGGGUGGGGCUGGCCCCCCACUGCCUUGCAUUUCACUUCUGCCAGCGGGAGGAUGGAAGGAGCAUGGCGGUGUGGAGGUUUGUCCUGGGCCUAGUGGAUCAGCUGAGGGCCAGCCCCCUCCUCCCCCUGGGGUACAGGGACACACUGGACACCCCCUUGGUGGCUCCCACCCUGGAGCCCCUACACUGCCAGAGGGACCCGGAUGCCACCUUUAAAAGGGCGGUGUUGUUGCCCUUGCUGAACCUCCCUCCCCCAGAACAGUCCCUAUUCCUGGUGGUAGACUCCCUGGAAUCGGGGUAUGGGGCCGGUGAGGUGUCCAGCUGUGCUGGGGCUCCAGGGAGGAGCAGCUCUAUAUCAGAGCUCCUAUCCAGUCACCAGCACCUCCUGCCCAGCUGGCUGCUCCUGGUCUGCUCUGUGCGCAGACAGAACAAGGCUGUGUGUAAGAUGUUCUCAGGUUUCCGUAAGCUGUGUCUGGACGAUCUGCGUAAGCCUGCGCCUGUGCGUGACGUGCAGCACUAUAUCCUGCGGAGGCUGGACCAGGAGGGGGCGCUCCGCCGACAGCUGACCCCCGAGACGGCCGACAUGCUCAACCUGCUGCACAUCAAGAGUGGUGGCUGCUUCCUGUUCCUGGAACGCGUUCUAGACGGCGUGGCGGGGGCCUUGGUGGGUCUCCGGGAGAUCCGGGACAUCCCCGGGACCCUCAACGGCCUCUACCUGUGGCUCUGUCAGAGACUCUUCCCCAGGGGCCUGUUCCUCCAAGUCAGGCCCCUCCUCAACGCCCUCCUGGCCUCCCCCAGGCCCCUCACCGCCCAGGAGCUCUACACCGCCACCUGGACCCAGGACAUGUCCCUCAGCCCUCUGGACUUCCAGAGCAGGCUACAGGCUCUGUCCACGCUGCUCAUCGACGGACUUGGAGGCAGAAAGCUCCUGUUCCACACUAGUUUUGCAGAGUGGCUGACGGACGUGAAGUACUGCACCCAGAAGUAUUUGUGUAGCAUGUCUGAGGGACACACCAUGCUGGCCAUGGCUCUCACCCUGCGCGCCCCACACCUUAACACAGAGGACACCUGUCAGAUUGGCUCACACCUGGUCAGCUCAGGCAUGCACAAGGACAACCCUGCCCUCCUGGCCCUGUGGCUGUUGUGGGCUGAUGUGCCCCCUCUGACUAGCCCCUUUUCCGCCUCUUCCCCUGCCUCUCAGCCCCCUGUCCUGGUCAGGCAGGAGGUCCUCCAGCUGCUGAUGAAGAGUGGGGUGUUCCCUCCCUCCUGUGCCCCAGAUGGAGGCCCCAGCGUGGGGGUACACUGUGCAGGAGGAGGGGGGGCCAUCAUCGGGCAGGCGCUGGAGAGGCAGGACACAGUGAGGGUGCUACUGGACAGCGGGGUCAGCGUGAACCGGGCCGACCCCACAGACGGACGCACCCUCCUGGCCAGUGCGGCCCAUGCAGGCUCAGCCAACGUGACCGACCUACUCCUGUUCCGAGGGGCUGACCCUCUGAUCAGUGACCACCAGGGCCAGACCCCCUUAACGCUGUCUGCCAGGCAGGGCCAUGUCAGGGUGCUGGGGAUGUUGUUGGACUGGGCCAGGGGGCUGGAGCAGGAGGCCGGCUUGGGGAUGGUGGAGCAUGCAGACAGCGAGGGCUGGACGGCCUUACGGUCAGCGGCCUGGGGGGGUCACACCGAGGCCGUACGCCUCCUCCUUGAUGCAGGGGCGGACGUGGACGGGUGUGAUGCUGAAGGCCGAUCGGCGCUAAGAGCGGCGGCCUGGGGGGGUCACGAGGAGAUCCUCCUCACUCUGCUGGACCACGGGGCGCAGGUGGACAAGGUUGACCGGGAGGGCCGCACGCCACUGAUUGCCGCCGCCUACAUGGGCCAUCGGGAGGCGGUAGAGAUCCUGCUGGACCACGGGGCAGAGGUGGACCUGGCCGACGGAGACGGCCGUACUGCCCUGUCAGUGGCUUCUCUCUGUGUGCCCACAGCGGCUGGAGUCAAAGGUUACGGCGAAGUGGCCAGCCUGCUGUUAGAGCGAGGGGCGGACCCGGGGCACAGGGACAAGGAUGGGAUGACCCCUCUGCUGCUGGCGGCGUAUGAAGGUCAUGAGGAAGUGGUAGAACUGUUGUUAGAGGCUGGGGCCGACGUAGACGAGAACGCCGGGCCACACGCCGCCGCCGCUUCUGCUGCCGUCACCCCGCUGUUAGCGGCUGCUGCAAUGGGCCAUUCUGCGACAGUAGGCAGGGUGCUGUUCUGGGGCGCUACGGUGGAUGGCAUCGACGGGGAGGGUCGUACAGCUCUGAGCCUGGCAGCAGCACGGGGCAGCGUGGAGGUGGUGAGAGCACUUCUGGACCGAGGGCUGGAUGAGAACCAUAAAGACGAUCUGGGCUGGACCCCGCUGCACGCCGCCGCCUGCGAGGGCCACCGGGGGGUCUGUGCCGUCCUGACGGAGCGUGGGAGCACAGCGCGGGUCGGAGAAAUGGACAUCGAGGGACGGACGCCCCUCAUCCUGGCCGCGCAGGAGGGCCACUGUGGCACGGUGAGGCUUCUGCUGGACCGCCGCUCGCUCAUCGACCACCGGGCGUACGACGGCCACUCUGCGCUGAGCGCCGCCGCCCUGGAGGGCCACGCUGAGGUGGUGGAGCUACUGAUGAGGCGGGGCACGGACACGGACGUACGGGACGCAGAGGGCCGCCCGCUGCUCUACCUCCUGGUGCUGGAGGAUCAUCUGGACAUGGCUGCCCUCAUCAUGGAGAAAGGAGGCGUGCCCCUGGAGUCCCGGGACGGAGAGGGGCGCACGGCGCUGCACGUGGCCUCCUGGCAGGGCAACCUGGAGGCAGUGGGGCUGCUGUUGAGCCAUGGGGCGGACCCUAACACCCAGGAUGGGGAGGGACGACCCCCCUUGCACUCCAUAGCCUGGCGGGGUCAUGUUGAGCCUGGUCGUCUGCUCCUGGAGGUCAGGGGGGUCAACGUGGAUCUGGCCUGCCGCCAGCAGGGGGCCACGGCACUGAGCAUUGCGGCUCAGGAGGGCCACGCCAAUAUCGUUGCCAUGCUACUGGAGGGAGGGGCCAACCCAGACCACAUAGACAAGUACGGCCGCAGCCCCGUCAAGGUGGCCGGGAAGAGGGGCCACUUCACUAUCGUCAGGCUGCUGGAGAGCUACGGAGCCAAACCGUACUCGGUCCGUCUGCCCCCGCCCAACACCCUGUCGCCACGGUCAUCCACUGUGAAGAGCCCGUUAUCCGCCUGCUCAGGGAGUAACGUGGCCCAGGCAGGGCGUCAUCAUGGUGCUAGCACCUCCUCAGCCUCCUGCUCCCCAGGUUCCACCGCCGAGCACUUCCACUCCAUCCAGAGCUCCCAGACAUCCUCCUCCUCAGCCUCCUGCUCCACAGCCCACUCCCAGGCCACGGUGCAGACCGUCCCCGCUGACAGCCUGUCCUUCACCCAGCAGAUCCAACAGCACUCCCUUCCACGCUGCCGCUCCCGCCACUCCACCCUGCCUCCACCCGGCUCUGCCCGUGGCAGCCUGCACGGAACCAGCCACAGGGCCCAGUGCCCUAAGGCCAGCCCUCCUCCACCCACCCUCUGCACAGUCACGGCCAUGGUGCAUGACUCUGAACAGACUUACAAAGGCUACCCAGCAGGGUUCGACUAUCCCAGUAAACACAACUCCCCCAGCUUGAUCCAGGAGGAGAGGUCUCAGUACGGAGGGGGGAGGUGGAACUCUGUCAUGGCUUCUCUAGGGGUGACGCCUGGACAAGAUGGCCCCAAAAACAGGGACAGUCUCCCUAUGGGCUACCCUUACCUGGUCCAGAGCCCGGCCCAGAGAGAGACAUGGGAGGAGAACCAGAAGAUGUCUAUAACCCCCGGUAGUGCCUUAUCUCCUCCCUGCAUGGUGGUCAUGACGACCACGGACCCCCAGCUCAACCUGAAACAGGCUGUCAAGCUGCAGUUUGAAGGGCCCACCAGCGCUGCCUUAUACAAGAGGGAGACGCCCCUGUGAACUCCGACCUAACGGUGGACGUGGAGUUCAAGGGUCCGUUUUCAGAAUGGAUAAUGGUUCUUACGGGGCAGAUGAGAGCCGGGAAGGGGCUUCUCUCUCACCCCCACCCUCUCCGCUCUUCAGCUCAGCGGACCAGAGGAAGAAUGGAGAGACUGAAAGACUUCAAAGCCGUUUACAUUCCAGACUUUUUCCGUCGCCUGUUUUGAGCAGCUGUCACUAAAUAGCGGACACACACACACACACACACACACACACACACACACACACACACACACACACACACACACAUUCCUCAGACACAAAGCCUUGCCUCUUCUCUUCAGUGGAGUUGACAUUGUCAUGAGUGCCAUGGACAAGUCGGAUGGAGAGGGGCUAUCGGUCCACCCUCCUGCUGAUCUACCACACAGAGACAGACCAGAGAGUGUGUGACAGUUCUCUGACACACAGAGACAGACCAGAGUGUGUGUGACAGUUCUCUGACACACAGAGACAGACCAGAGUGUGUGUGACAGUUCUCUGACACACAGAGACAGACCAGAGAGUGUGUGUGUCGGUGACAAUUCUGUGACACACAGGCCCAACACAGGGCUGUGGUCUCACCAGGGUUUGACGCUUAACCAAUCAUCAAUGGACUUCUUCAGAAAUCAAACUUCUCUACUCUACGGUGGAUAAAAAACAUUCAUUUGAAGCCAGGACAGAACAGCCAUAAUAGACGUGUGAAAGGGUUCUCACUGAGAUGAGACUAGAUGGGCAAGGAGACCCACGACAACACACUCACACAGGACUUAAGAUAGUUUUAUAUUAGGAGCUCUUUUUCACACCGUAGCUGUUUUGAAAGCAACGAUUCUCAUGCCUGUGUGAGGGCACUAUUGAUGCCUUGAUCUUCCUCCAGACUUUUGCUCUCUCUACUUUUAAAACCCCGAGACAUGGCAGGUAUUACCAGCUUGGAGUUUGUCGACGCGCAUCUAUGGCGGCUUGGAGUCUGUCCGCGUGCAUCUAUGGCGGCCACGAGCCAUACAAGUCAGCAGAAAAGACCGCAGUCCUACCAAAAGCUUGACCUAGCCUACAAUGCUGUUGAAAUGCUGCUAUGUUAAUGACAUUAACCAACCAGCAGGCGGAAUGUUCUUCUAGCACACUCUGAGUAAUGCUGUUGGAAAGGAACUGCUAAUGAUGACAUAAAUCUAAAGAUAGAUUAGAUUAGAAAGAAAGAAGGUAGGAGUUUAGCUAGCUAUUCAUUUUAAAUCAUUGAUCUGGCCUAAGUACUUCCAUUUGUUCUUGCUACCAUUUUAUUCAUAUUUGAAAGCAAAAUGCCAUUCUUUAAUUAAAAUUGCAGACGUGCUGUAACUAAUGUCAAA